AUGUCGAGCACGACCGCUACGAUGGAUUUUGUCGAGGCAGCGAGCCAAACGUGUGCCGACGCUCGCAUGGAGAUCAACUGGCCACGAAGUUGGCGAGCUUACUUCUGCUGGCUCGGAUGCUUCUUCCUCAUGUUCAACAGCUGGGGCCUCGUCAACGCUUAUGGAACCUUCGCCUCCUACUACAUGGGCCACACGCUGAAAGACCAGGCCGGUGGUCAACUGGCACUCAACCUGAUCGGUUCGACGCAGUCGUUUUUGGUCCUGCUCUUCUCCGCGCCCGUGGGGAGGUUGCUCGAUGCUGGACACUUCCGCGUGGUCAUCGGCACGGGCGCUUUCCUCGUGCCGUUCGGUUUGAUGAUGCUUAGUAUUGCGGUACCGGCCGAAACGGGUGCGAAAGGAAAUUAUGCUUUCAUCUGGCUCACUCAGGGUCUCACCACUGGGCUAGGAAUGGCUUGCUACUUUGUGACUAGCUCUCAAGUUGCUGCUACCUGGUUCCCUCGCCGCAAAGGGCUGGCUGUUGGGUUUGUAGCCUGUGGUGCGAGUGUUGCUGGCGUCGUCUACCCAGUAAUGAUACGAUACAUCACUGCCAUCCUUGGGUUUAACAACGCCGUCAGAUGCGUAGCCGCAGUCGCAGCUGGCACGGGAUUCUUCUCGUUCAUCUUCGCAACUCCCGAUCCACAGCACGAACAUCCACGACCACAAAGCUACCGGAAGCUGAGAACAUGGAUUGAUACCGCGGCAUUCAAGAACAGUGCCUUCUGCUGGUACAUGAUAUCGAUCGCGUUCCUCUUCGGUGGAUUCUACCCUGUAUUCUUUAACUUGGAAGAGUGGGCAGCAACUCGCAACUUCGGUUACCGUGACGGUCUCGGUGCCGCAAAUUCACAGAGCCCGCCGAAGACAUCAGGCCACGAAGAUCCCAUCCAGACCUUCUGGCUCCUAAGCAUCAUGAACGGAUCCAGCACCUGCGGACGUCUCAUCAUGGCCUUCCUUAGCGACAAAUUCGGCCCCCUAAACAUGCACAUCGCCACGACCCUCAUCUGCGCCCUCCUCAUCCUCUUCUUCUGGACCUUCGCCGCCUCCACCACCCACGCCAUCGCCUUCUGCGUCCUCUUCGGCGCCUUCUCCGGCGCCGUCAUCGGCCUGCCGCCCGCAGGCGUCGCCAAUAUCCUCGCCAACUGCUUCGCCCGCAUGCGCCUCUCCCGCUGCGUCUCCACCUCGCGCGCGCCCUCCCUCCACCUCAUACCCAACUCCGACACCGCCGCCCUCAACACCCUCCCCACCACCCUCUCGCCCCACGCGCUCGAGAAACUCCGCCAAGUCGCCCUCGACGACGACACCGACGUGGCGUUUGGGCCCCACGCGCGCCUCGGGCAGUGGGUCGGCAUGAUGUACAGCGGCGCCGCGGUCCCGGCGCUCGCGGGGCCCGUUAUUGCGGGCGCGCUGGUCCAGCGGUAUAGGGACUACAUCACCGUGCAGAUGUGGAGCGGCGCGUGUCUGGUGCUCAGCGCGGCGUGCAUGGGGAUCGCGCGGUGGCAUCUGCCGAGCCGCGGGGGGUUGUGCUGGAACGAACGCACAAUGAGCUUCUUGCCGUGGAGGGGAGGGCGGAGCGAGGGGGGCGAGGAGAGCGAGAGGGAGGAGAUUGUGGGGGCGGUGAGGGGAAGUAGGGGGGUUGAGGGAGAGGGGGAGGGAGAGGGAGAGGAGAAGAGGAGUUUGGGAGGGAGUGAGAUUAGGGGGAAUAGGUUUGUGGGACGUUGAGGGGGGCGUGGAGAGGGGAGUGGUAUGGAGUGUUUCUGAGUGGCGGUGCCCCUUGAACUCUUUUUGGCUUUUGGCUAUGGCGUUUGCACGGGUAGGCGCUUCGCUUGGGGAGUUUGACGAUUAUGUGGUGGGUUGGGAAUGGCGCUGAGGUGCUCGCUGAUGGGUUCAGCGUCUGAUGCAUGGUUCUCUCGCUUGUAGCGACUUCAUUCUAGUCUUCUAGACUCUAGAGACAGAACGAGACAGGGUAUUUCAGGAGUCUUGUCGUUGGCACCAACGACGACGAGCUUGUCUUUCGUUAGAUACCCAUAUAUAGAUCGACCGAUCUCAACGCUACGGCGCAAAUACAGGAAACUUUUAACCGCA